AGCGGACGUUCCUGGCCAGCCUCCAUUCGGUCGCAGGCUCUGUAUUCGGUGUCUGAUAGGGGCUUCAAGCCAGGGGUGAAAAUGGGACCUGGACCCCGCAGGACCCGUCCCCGCUUAACUCCCAGGCGCUUCAGUGACCCUCUCGGGGCUCCGCCACCCACCCAGCCACCCUCAGGGGCUCCAGCCACCCAAAUCUCCCCGACGCGGCGGGUCCCUCCUAUCCGGCGACAGGCAGCGGGGGGUCGGCAGUGACUCACCGGAGGGCCAGCGGCCGGAAUACGCUCACUUCCUCUCCGCGCGCACCUGCCGGGCCCCGCUGGAGCGCCGCCCGGCCGGGCCUCCGGCGGAUGUUUUUUCUGUCCCCGCGCUCGCAGCCAGUGCGCGCCAACCACCGCCUCCCCGCCGCUCCCCGCGCCCCCUGCAACUGGCACCCCCAACCACCGCUGCCCCGGGAAUCACAAAAUUGGACCCUAAACACUGACAUCCCCAACAGACAAGCGCGCACACACAGAGCAACCACAAGCGUGGCCUCCAGCCCCGCGCAGCUACAGAAACGCACACUUGAGCACACCCACCAGCUGGAAUCCAAGAAACAGAAUUACAGCUUUUCCAGCUCUACUCAGCAGGGGGCCAGGGUCCUCACUUUAUAAACAUUCCCAAGCCUGUGAGAGCAGAGGGCACGGAGAUGGUGUGAGACAGAAGCCCAGGGGAGAAAGACAGAAACUAAGACCGAAGGAGAAAAAGAAAAGCCAGAGACAAGACCAGAAGAGAGGCCAAGAAGGGAUCGCGAGGGCUGUGCUACAGGAAUGACCCUAAGGAUGCUCUGGGCUGGACAGGCGAAGGGGGUCCUGGGAAGCCGGGGGAUCAUCUGCUUGGUGAUCUCUCUGCUCCUCCAGCAGCCAGGAGUCCACAGCAAGUGCUACUUUCAAGCUCAAGCCCCCUGCCACUAUGAAGGGAAAUAUUUUACCCUGGGUGAGUCUUGGCUCCGCAAGGACUGUUUCCAUUGUACCUGUCUGCAUCCUGUCGGUGUGGGCUGCUGUGACACGUCCCAGCAUCCCAUCGACUUCCCUGCAGGCUGUGAGGUACGUCAGGAGGCAGGAACCUGCCAAUUCUCCCUGGUGCAAAAAUCUGACCCUCGGCUGCCCUGCAAAGGAGGAGGGCCCGACCCAGAAUGGGGCUCAGCUAACACCCCUGCUCCUGGGGCUCCUGCUCCCCACUCCAGCUAA